AUGACGGACACUGAAAUGAACGACGUCUUUUCUGACCCUUCAAUGGAGCCUCAUGAUCUGAGUCAACUACAGUAUCAUAUCACCUUACGCGACUUUGGUGAAAAGGUGCAAAAAGCCGCUAAUGCGGCCUAUCCCAAUGAUCAAAAGAUCAAAUACGCCCGAGUCUAUGCUCUUCUCAUAUUAUGGGAGGACGAAGACCCGCAAUUGCCCGUUUCACUAGAAGUCCACGAAUUAGGUGUUGUUUUAGCUUCCAUUUACAAGUACGAAGUACAAAUAUAUCGAAUACCUAGCGGCGGAAGCCACAAAAAAUUGAAUCAAAAGAUUUUGGACUUUGGUGAACUAGGUGGAGACAAUAAGGAAGACCUGAAGAUUGUUUAUUAUGGCGGGCAUGGCAUGCUAGCUCAAAACCGGCAGCCUUGUUGGGUGAGUCGUUCUGAUUCCCGAGACCCUAGUUUCAGCAUGGUGAAAUGGGGCGGGAUUCAAAAUUCUUUGGAAGAAGCACAAUCCGACGUUCUGCUCUUACUUGACUGUUGCUCUUCGGGCACCGCUAACACAGGAGAUGGGUAUGGAACUACAGAGCUUAUUGCUGCUUGUGGCUUCAACGAUGUUGCAAAUGGCGUUGGGCGCCAUUCAUUCACCUAUGCCUUGACAACAGAAUUACGCCUGUUGAGCGCAUAUCCAAAAUUUACUGCAGCGGUUCUGUACAAUAGAAUACUCUGCAGACUACAAAACUGGAUGCCUGAAGGCAGAGAAUUACAGAAAGCUCCACUUCAUGUUGUUCUUACGCAAAAUCAAGCUUUGCCAUCCAGCAUACAACUUUCAGUAAGCCCAAGGCCAAAGCCGGAGCCAAUGUCUUUCCGGAGUCCUUCGCAAUCACUGGGUUCGCCAAGUCCCGCUUCAUUCGAGAGCAAUGAAAGGACAGACUCUGACCAAGAUUCUAAUUUAUCGCCGGUGUCAAGCCUCCUUUCUGCCGAUGAGCAAUUUCCGAGGAUCUUACUAAGUGUGAGACUCAAAGAAGAUCUGGCUCCAGAAUUAUCUGCCGAUCUCUUUGCUGAAUGGCUUCGCAUGAUGCCCGUUAUUGCCAACUCUAUUACCGUUGAAGCUGGAUUCAGUAGUUUUUCAACAGUAAUCUUGGUUUCCAUGCCAACACCAGUAUGGGUCUGCCUUGGAAGAGAUCCGGCCUUUAAUCUUGUGGGUAUCAUUAAGAAGAAGCCAAACAUAAAACCAGUUUCUUCCCCAAGUCUUUCAACACUUGAAGUUGCUGAAAGCGGCAAUUAUCAGUCAUUGAAGACAAAACAACAACCACCAGCCCGUAUGAACAACGAAUUGCGUCUUCCAGCCUACACAAAGCAAAACUCAAUGCAAAUACCAUCUUCUUCCGACCGUGGCUUCGAUCCCUACCCGUCUAGUUCGUCAUAUCAUUAUUCUACCGCUUCUGCUAAACCUUACACUCCUAGCCAAGACCCUUCAAAAAGUUCAUCGAAAAUGAGCAUAGAAAGAGCAAAAUAUCGAGCCAAGAAGGAAUUUGAACAGAUUCUUGCAUCUGCAAUUGAUGAAAGACCUAUCGAGAAAUCUAGGAGAGAUGAUCAGCUCACAUAG